AUGAAGAACUGCGCACCUAAAAGACUAGCAACGCAGAUUGUAACAGAUCGUAGCAGAUGGUUAGCAGAGUGUGUCGACGAGAGGUCACCGGUGGUGGGCUUUAGAGACGGACUGGUAAACAAGAUUGAUGAAGAGGAGUCGAUAGCUUUGGAGAGAUUACCGACAUUAGAGGAGAUUAAAGAGGCUGUUUGGGAUUGCGAGUCAUCCAAGGCACCAGGAAGUGAUGGGUAUAACAUAAAUUUUGUUAAGAAGUGCUGGGACGAGAUUGGGGCAGAGUUUAGCAAAGCGGUUCUGGAUUUCUUUCGAUCUUCAAGGUUGCCUUCGGAUUCCAAUAUUACUUGGGUGGCUCUUGCACCUAAGUACGCUGGAGCCAAGGAGAUUAAGGACCUCCGGCCCAUCAGCAUGGUAGUUUGCGUAUACAAAGUGAUUUCAAAAGUGAUGGUUAGGAGAAUGAGAACAGUCAUGCCAGGUCUAGUCGGGGAGACUCAGAGCGCCUUCGUGAAGGGUCGUAAGAUACAUGAUGGGGCACUUAUUGCUUGUGAGACAGUGCAAUGGUUGAAGACAAGAAAAAAGAAAGCGGCAAUCAUCAAACUAGACUUUCAGAAGGCGUAUGAUCGGGUUAAAUGGAGAUUUGUAGACAUCGUACUACAGAAGAUGGGAUUUGGCUGGAGGUGGAGGGAGUGGGUUAAGGAGUGUGUUAGCACAGCAUCCAUGUCGAUCCUGGUAAAUGGCUCACCAUCUAAACCGUUUAAGAUGGAGAGGGGUUUGAGGCAAGGUGAUCCAUUAUCUCCGUUUCUGUUUGUUCUAGUGAUUGAUGUUUUGCAUAGGAUGGUAGGGGAGGCAGUCAAGAACAGGCGUGUUGUGCCGCUUCUAGUUGGUAAGGAUAAUGUAAAGCUGUCACACCUCCAGUUCGCAGACGACACUAUAUUGUUCUGCCCACCAGAGACCAUCAUAAACUAUGAUAGGCUGCUAAGGUGUUUUGAGGUGAUGUCGGGGCUAACCAUUAACUUUGAUAAAUCAAGUUUAAUCCCAAUCAACUGUGAACAGCAGUGGACGUACAACAUGUGUAACUUGUUGGGGUGUAAGGAGGCCUGCCUCCCAGUCAAAUAUCUUGGCAUUUCUUUAGGAGCGAACCCAAGAUUGAUCAGGACCUGGAAACCGAUAAUUGACAAGGUGGAGGAGAAACUUAGCCUGUGGAAAGCAAAGGUCCUUAACAAGGCGGGUAAGCUGGUCCUAAUUAAAUCUGUGUUAAAUAGCUUGCCGGUGUACUACUUGAGUCUGUAUAAGAUGCCGAAGGCAGUGGCAGAAAAGUUGAUAUCACUGCAGAGGAGAUUCCUGUGGAGUAAGGAGGAAGGCAGGAAUGGUCUGGCGCUUGUUAAGUGGGAGGUGGUUCAAGCCCCUAAAAAAUUGGGUGGACUGGGGGUCGGUGAUGCCGUGGUUAGAAACUCUGCACUACUAUUUAAGUGGUGGUGGCGCUUUGAAAAAGAAGAAUGUCCACUAUGGAAGAAGGUUGUGUGUUCCUGUUACGAUUUGAAUCCCAGUGUGAUGUUAUCAGCUCAAACAUUACCUACUAGAGGGGGUCCUUGGAAGGAUAUCUGUCAGCUGCAGUUCAGGGAUAAUGCUGUGAAAGAUAAGAUGAUUGCGGGGUUGUCUAUGGAGUUGGGUGAUGGAAGGAGGACUCGAUUUUGGGAAGAUGUCUGGCUACAAAGUGGUCCGCUACAGAUGAGUUUUCCGAGACUUUUCUCCAUUUCAAACCAAAAAGGAUCAGUCAUAGGGGAUUGUGGGUUCUGGGAUGGGUUAGAGUGGAUCUGGAAUUUCCAGUGGAGGCGAGACUUAUACCAGUGGGAGUUGGACCUAGUGGAUCAAUUACAUGAGAUAUUAAGACCUGUAGUACAGUCAGAAUCUCUUUCGGAUGACAUAACCAGCUACAAUUUCACAAGAACCUUAUGGAAAGGUUUGGUGUGGUGUCAAUGGCUGUCUGAAUUAAGGAGGUUGUGGACAUUUCCGGGCACCCUAAAAGAACACUUCGAGAGUUGGACAUGUGCUGCUAACAGGAAGGUAGAGCGUCACAAAUGGCUUAUAUGCUUUUGUUCAGUUAUUUGGAACAUUUGGCUAGAGAGAAACGAGCGGAUUUUUAGUAACAAGGAAGGGAGUGCAGAGGAGUUUCAGAGAGGAGAGGGGUGGGAAUAUGAUUGGGCUUCAGCUUCAAUUUCAAAAUCCAAGUAUUAUCAAAAUCUAAGGCACAGUGCUUACCAGCGGCGAGGAGGAAGGGGAGUGACAGCGAUGACAGAGGAGACGACGAUGAUAGAAGAGAACGGCAAGGCGAUUAGAGACGACGACGGAGUACACCUUCAUGCAGGGACGCCAACAGCUCCAAGAAGGCAUUCGUGCAACGUCGAGGAAAAGAGGAUCGAGGAGAAGCGAGCAACCUUCCACAGGCGACCCCGCCGGCGGCGAUAA